AUGCAAAUUCCCAAAGAACGUAUUGUAAGUCCUAAUGAAAUUGAUGAUGAAUAUCUUUGUCCUAUAUGUUUUCAUUUAUUAUGGAAACCAGUUGAAUGUGAAAAUUGUCAACGAAUAUUUUGUAAAACAUGUAUUGAUGAAUGUCUAAAAGAAAAAUUUGAUGCAUGUCCAUUAUGUAGACAUUAUCAAGAGAAACGUUGUUCACCAAUGUUUUAUGCUUUAUUAACGAAAUUAAAAAUUGAAUGUGAAAAUAAAUUAAAUGGUUGUAAUGAUAUAUUAUCAUAUGAAUUUAUUGAAAAACAUCAAAAUGAACAAUGUCAAUAUAAAAUGAAAUGUUGUCGUGGAUGUCAAAAAGAAAUUAUAGAAAAAGAUUUAUAUCAACAUGAACGAAAUUGUGGAAAAGUUCGAAUUGAAUGUAAACGAUGUAAUCAAGUUUAUAAACAAAAACAAAAACAUGAACAAUUAGAAUGUUUAAUAAAUAUGUUAGAUAUAAGUAAUAAAAAAUCAAAAACAUUAGAAAAAAAAAUUGAAAAUUUAGAACAAUAUGUUCAUGAACUUGAAACAACAGUAAAUUUAUAUAUAAUAGGUGGUUUUGCAUCAGGUAUUGUUCAUGAUAUAUCAUUAUCAUCACUUCCAUCGUCAUGGGAAAUUAUUUAUGAUUUUACUUAUGGUCAUGUAACAACUGUUGAAGAAUUACCAGAAUUAAAAUUACGAUGUAAAAAACAGAUUAUUGUUGGUGCUAUUCAAGGAAGUUCAUCAACAAUAUUGAAACUAGCAGCGAUGGGACCAUCAGAAAUUUUAUUAUUAGAUAGUCCAUUGAAUGAACCAACAAAAUUUGGUAAUGUUAAUUGGUAUUUAACACCAGAUUAUUCAUUUGGAUUUGCUCCAUCAUAUUCAGUUAUAAAUUGUUUUUGUGCAGAUUAUGGUGAAAAAGAUAAUUCAGAAAAUCGAUUAAGUUGGCAUCUAAGUGGUGAUGGUGGUUAUCGAGCAGGAGUAUUUAAAGAUUUAGUUCAUGAUACUGACUGGAGAAAAAUUAUUAUGGCAGAAAAACAGUAA